AUGCUUACCAGCCCAACACAACUUCAGAGUCACAAUGCUUACUUUUACAAGACCACCACCGUGACAGUGAGCGCAUCGGCCGUGAGCACCUCUGCGUCAAGCACAUCUGUGGUGAGCACAACUACGGUUAGCACAACUACGGCAAGCACAUCGGCAGUGCCGACUGGCGGCUACCAACCAGCGAUCCCCUCUUCUUACGACCAGUGUGUCUUCGACCCAGCUACUGGCGGCGAAUUUACGAUGCAUCGAUACCUGUGGAUCCAUUCAAGUUCUCUCAUCCUUCUGGCGCUCCCAACGGUGGAGUGUGAUGGACUGACCAGCGCUGGCAUUGUCGGAGGUGAAUCAUUCGACUUCAUCGUCACGGACAACGGCGAUCUUAUUGUUCUCACAUCGGAACAAUCCAAGAGGAAGAACCGACGCGAUAUUCCAGUGCCGAAAGGAUUCUAUGUUAAACCGAAGGAGGUAGAAACUCCUCCCGGCACUAAGUGUUCUAAUCCUGCUCAACAUGCCACCUCCAAGAGUCCUCCAGUCCCGCUUACCUCAAAUGGAUGCGGGCCCGAGGGCAUCGGUGGUUGGCUUGUACCGGACGGAGACUUCACGGAUGCCUGUAACUUUCACGACGUCUGCUGGUGUUGCAACACGGACUUCUAUUACCGCAUGGUAGACAUCUGUAACGCUCGGUAUCCCGCUGGGAAGGAUCGCUCAAAGUGCAUCAGCCGUGCCGGGAUUUAUCACUCAGCUGUCUCCAGUAAUUACGGCGCCGGAGUUUUCACUGAUACCAUCAACCAAUAUUGUGACUGCGUCUGCAAUGACUCGAAGCUCACCACAUGCCAGGACAAGUGCGUCGAUACGAAGACAGACCCGCAGCAUUGUGGAAGCUGCAACUUCAAUUGUCCUACCGGGUCCUGCACAAACGGUGCCUGUUCCUUCAAUAGCUGCACUGGCAGGACGUGCAGUACCUUUUCGCAGUGUGGUCCUGGCGGCGACUGUGUAUGCGCCUCCGUCACAGGCGGCCUAGGCUUCUGUGUCGACGGCACGACGCCGUGUAACGGACUAGCCGGCUGCGGAACCAGCGCUGACUGCCCGCUUGGUUCAGUAUGCGCUGUCAGCACCUGCUGCACGCGGAACGUAUGUAUCAGGACUGAUCGUUGUGGCGGGUUCGGGGGCAAUAUUCCUCCGAAUCGGUUGAUGGCCGCACGGGGAGAAUGGACGAAUGCUACAAUCGGACAUUUGCCAGAGUAUAUUGAGUAG